AUAGGCGAAACUAACACUCAUAUUAUUUUUCGCUAACACUGUGUAAAUAUCAAAGAGAUGGACAUAGUAAAGAAUCCGUACUACAAUAUUAUCAGAUAUGUUAUGAUUCUUACAGGACAAAGUCAAUAUCAUUCCAAGUGGCUAAACAUAUGGAUUAAAUCCUUAUUUUUUCUUGUUAUUUGUUCUUUUCUAAUUACUCAGAUUGCAGGAAUGAUAAAAGUUUUUGAUAAUAUUGACUUGGUAUUGAUGUGCAUUCCACCAGCAUGUUAUGCUUCAAUGAGUGCAACGAUUUUUAUAAAUAACAUUCUGAAAGUAAAACAAAUGAACGUUGUUUUUUGGAAGAUGCAAAAAGAUUGGGACACAUUUACAUCAAAACAUGAAGUUGAUAUUCUUCACAAAUAUGGCAAAAAAUGCAGAUUCUUUACUAUGAUAUUUACUUUUGGACUUUUUGGAAAUGUAUCAAACUACAUAUUCUCACAUUUUAGUAAUGUGCUAAGUAACAUUUUUAAAAAUAUAAAUGAAUCUACGUCGCUUCUUUUCCUUACUGACUUUGGUAUAGAUUCAAAAAAAUACUUCUACUUAAUAUUAUUUCACAAUUAUUUAUCUGCAUACGUUUGUACUGCCAUAAUUGUAAAUGGAGAUAUUGUUCUUUUAAUGUUUAUUGAGCAUGCUUGUGGAAUAUUUGAAAUAAUAGGAAAUAAAUUGACAACUGCCAUAACAGAAAAUCCUGAUUAUGAUAAUAUUAGUUUUCGAAAAAAGCUACACCAAGAAAUUAAGCUUUGUGUUUUAAUGCACAGAAGAGUUCUAUUAUAUGUCAAUGAUGUCCAAUCUGCUUUUUCAACUGCUUAUCUUUUCGUAUUUGGGCUCAGUAUAAUAGAUUUAAGUAUCACGGGUGUCCAGGGUGUAUUAAGUAUAAAUAAUCCCGAGGAAGCAAUAAGGUUUGGAUGUUAUGCAAUGAGUCAAGUAUUUCAUAUUUUCCUUUUAACACUACCAACUCAGCACUUACUGGAUAACAGUCUUCUUCUUCCUAAAUCCAUAUAUAAUGCAGAUUGGUUCUAUCUGUCAACCGAAACAAAGAAUCUGUUACUCAUUAUAAUGAGAAGAGGAUCUCAACCAACCACAUUUAUUAUUGGCAAAAUAUUCAUACUUUCACUUCAAUUUUUUACAAAGGUUCUUCAAACGUCAAUGUCAUAUUUUACUGUACUGAUGUCUGUACGAGAAUAAAAUAGAACUUCUGUUGUAUUAUAUAAAGAUUUGGAUCUUUGAAUAGUCUUUCUUACAUUGUUACUGGUAGAAAAAUAUUUGCAGCCACAAAUCUUAGCAUAUGGAAAUGAGAAAGUAAUUUAAUUACGUUACAUUGUAAUUAUUCAUUUCUAAAUCUCUAAAUUGUAAUUCUCAAAGAAAUAACUAUGUAGAUUUUUUUAUUGAGUCAGAAUUACUUCCAAGUAAAUAAAACUUAUAUAAAAGUAAAUUUUAGUAUUAUUUUAUAUUUGUCGCAUUUCACGCCCAAUAGGACACCAUUUUGCUUCCUCAUGAGGAAGCUUUGCAUUCGUGACGAUUUUUAAUUUUU